UCAGUGAGCCUGAGCCCUGCUGUCUUCCUGUUCCCUCUGUCCCCCCAGGCGCAGGUGGCCUUCCUCCAGGGAGAAAGGAAAGGGCAAGAGAAUCUGAAGACAGACCUGGUGCGGCGGAUCAAGAUGCUGGAGUACGCGCUGAAGCAGGAGAGGGCCAAAUAUCACAAAUUGAAGUUUGGGACAGACCUGAACCAGGGGGAGAAGAAACUAGAACUGUCAGAACAAGUCUCCAAUGGCCCUGUGGAGUCCGUCACCCUGGAGAACAGCCCGCUGGUGUGGAAGGAGGGGCGGCAGCUUCUCCGACAGUACCUGGAAGAGGUGGGCUACACAGACACCAUCCUGGACAUGCGGUCCAAGCGCGUGCGGUCCCUACUGGGCCGCUCGUUGGAGCUCAACGGGGCCAUGGAGCCCAGCGAAGGGGGCCCCAGGGCCACGCCGGGCCCCGGGGGGCUCAGCGGUGGUGAGUCGCUGCUGGUGAAACAGAUCGAGGAGCAGAUCAAGAGGAAUGCGGCAGGCAAAGACGGCAAAGAGCGCCUGGGCGGCUCGGUGCUGGAGCAGAUCCCCUUCCUGCAGAACUGUGAGGAUGAGGACAGCGACGAGGACGACGAGCUGGACGGCGUGCAGCACAAGAAGCCGCGCGUGAAGCUCCCCUCCAAGGCUCUGGUGCCUGAAAUGGAGGACGAGGACGAGGAGGAUGACUCAGAGGAUGCCAUCAACGAGUUCGAUUUCUUGGGCUCAGGAGAGGAUGGGGAGGGCUCUCCGGACCCUCGGCGUUGCGCUGGAGAGGGGACCCACCACGAGCUAGAGAGCCGGCGGGUCAAACUCCAGGGAAUUUUGGCUGACCUGCGGGAUGUGGAUGGGCUGCCCCCCAAAGUGACGGGUCCACCUCCUGGCACACCCCAGCCCCGGCCACACGAAGGUUCCUUUGGCUUCUCCUCAGACGUUUUCAUCAUGGACACUAUCGGGGGCGGGGAGGUGAGCCUGGGGGACUUGGCAGAUCUCACCGUCACCAACGACAACGACCUCAGCUGCGAUCUGUCCGACAGCAAAGACGCCUUUAAGAAGACGUGGAACCCCAAGUUCACCCUCCGCUCCCACUACGAUGGCAUCCGCUCGCUGGCUUUCCACCACAGCCAGUCGGCGCUGCUCACCGCCUCUGAGGACGGCACGCUGAAGCUCUGGAACCUGCAGAAGGCUGUCACAGCCCGCAGGAAUGCUGCUCUAGACGUGGAACCCAUCCACGCCUUCCGGGCUCACAGGGGCCCCGUGUUGGCAGUAGCCGUGGGCAGCAACAGCGAAUACUGUUACAGUGGUGGGGCAGAUGCCCGCAUCCACAGCUGGAAGAUUCCAGACCUCAACAUGGACCCCUACGACGGUUAUGACCCCAGCGUGCUGAGCCACGUCCUGGAGGGCCACGGGGAUGCCGUGUGGGGCCUGGCCUUCAGUCCCACGGCCCAGCGCCUGGCCUCCUGCUCCGCCGAUGGCACCGUCCGCAUCUGGGACCCCAGCAGCAGCCCGACCUGCCUCUGUACCUUCCCCACAACCAGCAAUCACGGGAUCCCCACCUCAGUGGCCUUCACCAGCACCGAGCCUGCCCACAUCGUGGCCUCCUUCCGCUCUGGCGACACCGUCCUGUAUGACCUGGAGGCUGGCAGCGCCCUCCUAACGCUGGAGUCCCGGGGGAGCAGCGGCCUGACCCAAAUCAACCAGGUGGUGAGUCACCCCAGCCAGCCCCUCACCAUCACCGCCCACGAUGACAGAGGCGUCCGCUUUCUGGACAACCGGACAGGAAAAUUGGUGCACUCCAUGGUUGCCCACCUGGACGCGGUCACCUGCCUAGCCGUGGACCCCAAUGGCGUAUUCCUGAUGUCGGGAAGCCACGACUGCUCCCUGCGUCUGUGGAGCCUGGACAACAAGACCUGUGUGCAGGAGAUCACAGCCCACCGCAAGAAGCACGAGGAGGCCAUCCAUGCCGUCGCCUGCCACCCUAGCAAGGCUCUUAUCGCCAGCGCGGGCGCCGACGCCCUGGCCAAGGUCUUCGUAUGAUGCCCGCCUGGCCCCGCCCUGGCCGCCACGCUGGCUGGGGAGCGGGGCCGGCAGGGGGGACUGAGGUGACUCCCAGCCUCAGUCUAGAGGCCUGGAGGCCCGGCCUCUUCCCACUUGCCCGGAGCCUGGUGGUGCUAAGGGCCCU